AUGCGGCCUAUUCACUCUUUUGCAUUCGAUAAUGAUGCUGCAUUAGGAAUACCUGUUAAUCAUGAUAAAUUAUUCUUUACUCAAUCAUCUUAUCUUACUCAUAUAUCAAUCACAUUACGUGAAUUGUCCGAUUGUGUUCGUUUGUUGAACCAACUUGAUUCAGCAGUACACUCAUUUACUGUAAGCAUGAGAACUGUUUAUUUAGGCGAUGAAAUUAAUAUGUCUCAAAUAGAAUCAAUAUGUUGUCCCAAUUUGAAACAAUUAACAAUCACGGUCUAUCGUAAUAUUCUAAGCUAUAAAGAAUACGUUCUUCCUUUGUUACAACAUUUAUCAAGCAUCGAACAUUUAACACUAUUAUUAGCCAUCGACUUCACUAAAUCCGAUAAUUUUAUUGAUGGACAUCAUUUACAAAGAAAUAUCGUUUCAUAUAUGCCUAAUUUAUGUCAAUUUCAUUUUCAUAUUCGUUCAAUAUUAAGAAAUGCUUCUUAUACUGAAAUUGAUACAACAGUUUCUCAAAGCUUCAUUGAAGAACAAUCUGUCGAUUAUGCACUUGAUUAUUUCAAUAAUCAUUAUGGUCAAUGUCAAAUCUAUUCACUUCCAUUUAUUGGUAACCGUCUUGAUUUUAUUUCUAAUCGAUUUCCACUUUUCGACAUUAAAAAUACAUUUAAAAAUGUUACUAUCUUAUUACUUUAUGAUGAUAUUAAAUCUUUUGAAAAUGUUUUUUUUGAACAUGUUGCACAAGCUUUACCUCGUCUUCGAACACUGGAAAUAUCUAAUCAAUUAGAACAAGAAGAGAAAACAAUAACAAAUCCAAUUGAAUUUCCUUACUUAUCCACACUUAUUUUACAUAAAAUUCAUAUGAAUUAUGCCGAACAACUUCUUUAUCGAGCUCAUCUUCCAAAUUUAGUGGAACUUGUCAUUCGCAAAGAUGUUUUAUUGACAAUAAUCGAUCAAAAUAAUCAACAAGCUAGAAACAAUUGUUCAAAUAUUGAAACACUUCUUAUUGCUGAACCAUGGAUUAAACCAAGAGAAAUUCAUUUAAAAUUUUUUCCUAAAAUUUCUAUGAAAAAUUUGUAA